CCCAAUGUCUGCAGCCACUGGGAGAGUUACUCUGUGACAGUGCAGGAGUCAUAUGCCCAUUCUUUUAAUCAGAUUUAUUACACCAGCUGCACUGACAUCCUCAACUGGUUUAAGUGCACCAAACACAGGAUGAUCUAUAGAACAGCAUAUCGUAGUGGGAACAAGACCAUGUACCGGAGGAAGUCUCAGUGCUGCCCGGGCUUCUAUGAGAAAGAAGAGAUCUGUGCUCCUCAUUGUACAGAGAGCUGUAUUCAUGGCCGUUGUAUGGCACCCAACACCUGCCAGUGUGAGCCAGGCUGGGGGGGCUCCAAUUGCUCGAGUGCUUGUGACAAUGAUCACUGGGGUUCCCACUGCAGUAACAGAUGCCAGUGCCAGAAUGGAGCUCUGUGUAACCCUAUCACUGGAGCUUGUAUCUGCACUCCUGGAUACAGAGGUUGGCGCUGUGAGGUGUCAUGUGCAGUAGGCACCUAUGGGAAUGGAUGCCAGCAGAAAUGCCAAUGCCAGAAUGGUGCUGCCUGUCAUCAUGCGACCGGAGAAUGCAAGUGCCCACCGGGAUACACUGGUGCUUUGUGUGAAGAACUCUGUCCACCAGGUAAACAUGGGCAGCAAUGUGAGGAGAGAUGUCCAUGUCAGAAUGGAGGAGUGUGUCACCAUGUAACCGGAGAGUGCUCCUGUCCAGCAGGAUGGAUGGGAACAGUUUGUGGUCAGCCAUGUCCAGAAGGGAGAUUUGGAAAAAACUGUUCCCAGGAAUGUCAGUGUCACAACAAUGGCGUUUGUGUGUCAUCUACUGGACAGUGCAUCUGUAGCCCUGGAUACACAGGAGAACGGUGCCAGGAUGAGUGUCCCCUUGGUACUUAUGGUGCUGCCUGUGCAAAGACAUGUAAUUGUGAAAACAACAGCAAGUGCUACCACAGCAAUGGAAUGUGUCUUUGUGAGCCAGGAUACACAGGAAAGACAUGUGAUGUCCGACUGUGUCCUGAAGGAAUCUAUGGCCUACGUUGCGAAAGGAAAUGUCCGUGCUAUGUCCAAAGCACUCGUGGCUGCCACCCGAUAUCAGGGGAGUGCACAUGUCUGCCUGGUUGGUCAGGUCUCUACUGCAAUGAGACGUGCACUCCAGGAUUUUAUGGCGAGUCCUGUCAGCAGGUGUGCCAGUGCCAGAAUGGUGCUGAUUGCCACAGUGUCACUGGAGAGUGUAUCUGUGCUCCAGGCUUCACGGGUCCCAUAUGUUCAGUGCCAUGCCCAGCAGGAACAUUUGGUGUGAACUGCUCCUCCAGCUGCAACUGUAAGAACAAAGCUAAGUGUUCCCCCAUAGAUGGAUCCUGUUCCUGUAAGCCAGGGUGGCAUGGAUUAGACUGCUCCAUCAACUGUCCCAGUGGCACCUGGGGUUUGGGAUGUGGUUCCGCAUGCAUUUGUGGGAACGGAGGAGCGUGCAACCCACUGGAUGGUCACUGUACCUGUGCUCCGGGCUGGAGAGGAGAGAGAUGUGAACUCCACUGUCAGGAUGGUACCUAUGGUCUGGAUUGUAAAGAACGCUGUGACUGCAAUCAUGCUGAUGGAUGUCACCACGCUACUGGUCACUGCCGCUGUUUGGCUGGAUGGACGGGUAUCCACUGUGACAGCGUGUGUGCAGAGGGCCACUGGGGUCCAAACUGCUCCCUCCCCUGUAACUGUAAGAAUGGAGCAUCCUGCUCUCCAGAUGAAGGAACCUGUGAGUGUGCUCCAGGAUACAGAGGCCCAACCUGUCAGAGAAUCUGCUCGCCAGGUUAUUUUGGUCACCACUGCAGUCAGACCUGUCCACAAUGUGUCCAUAGUAAUGGACCAUGUCACCACAUCACAGGACAGUGUGAAUGUCUGCCAGGCUUCAAGGGAGCACUGUGUAACGAGGUGUGUCCCAGCGGUCGUUUUGGGAAGAAGUGUGCCCAGAGCUGCAGCUGCACAAACAAUGGAACCUGUCAUCCUAUCGAUGGCUCCUGUCAGUGUUAUCCAGGAUGGAUUGGCAGUGACUGCUCUCAAUCUUGUCCAACUGGUCACUGGGGACCCAACUGCAUCCACACAUGUAACUGCCACAAUGGAGCAUACUGCAGCGCUUAUGAUGGAGAAUGCAAGUGCAGCCCAGGAUGGACUGGCCUCUACUGCACACAGCGCUGUCCGUUGGGUUUCUUUGGGAAGGACUGCUCUCAGACUUGUCAAUGUAGGAAUGGAGCCGACUGUGACCACAUUUCUGGACAGUGCACAUGUCGAACUGGUUUCAUGGGGAAAUACUGUGAUCAAAAGUGUCCUCCUGGUUUAUAUGGUUAUGGUUGCCAUCAGGUCUGUGACUGUCUAAAUAAUUCCACUUGUGAUCACAUGACUGGUUCGUGUUACUGCAAUUCAGGUUGGAAGGGAGCUCGAUGUGACCAAGCUGGUGUGAUUGUGGUGGGCAGCCUCAACACUUUGACUAGUGCAGCGAUGCAUGUAGACUCUUACCAGAUUGGAGCCAUUGCAGGAAUCAUUAUCCUUGUGCUGCUUGUGCUCUUCCUUCUGCUCCUCUUCAUUAUCUUCAGGAAAAAGCAGAAGGGCAAAGAGCCCACCAUGCCAUCUGUGACUUACACUCCUGCUGUGAGUGUUGCUGCUGAUUACAAUAUAACAGGUGGUUAUCCAGCAACAUGUGAGCCCCAUCUAAGCAAUUAUUUCUCCAACCCUAGUUACCAUACUCUGACCCAGUGCAUCAGCCCCCAGCGUGGUCCAAAUGGAAAGGCAAAGAACAACCAGGUUUUUGUAAACGUUAAAAAUAUGGAUCAGAGAAAAUGUGCUCUUCUUGUUGAUCAUACUGGCACACUACAUGCAGAGUGGAAACACGGGGACUGCUUAAAUCAACUGGGAGCCUGUGGAGGUGAUAGAAGUUACAUGGAGAAAUCUUUAAGAGAUCUGAUGAAGGGCACACCCUAUCAUGCCAGCUCCUGUUCGCUCAGCAGCUCUGAAAACCCAUAUGCCACAAUAAAGGAUCCUCCCAUGCUGAUAACCAAAAACACAGAAUGUGGCUAUGUGGAAAUGAAAUCACCAGCUAGGCGGGAUUCACCAUAUGCUGAGAUUAGCAGCAGAAGCCCAACCAAUAACCAGAAUGUCUAUGAAAUUGAUUCAACGAUAAGCACCAUCCAGUCCACAAGAGAUGGCAGUGGCCUUGUGAAGUUCGGGCAGGAUCCAUAUGAUUUACCAAGAAACAGCCACAUCCCCUGCCACUACGAUAUCCUGCCAUCCAGAGAGAGUCCUUCCUCAGAGCUCAAGAAGCUGGACAGUGAAUAAUCACACAGAAACUCUGAACCAAGAUUAGGCCUUACAACAAGGCUGUAGCUUCAGCACUGUGUCUUCUACAAACUGGCACACUAUGUACCCAUAAAAUGCUAGUCCUUAUGUGUUAUUUUACAGUAUUAUUAUAACUAUGGAUUAUGACUACAAGUCAGAUAUAUACAAUUGUGGUCAUUGUAAUUAUGGUCUUUUUAUUAUUUCUUUGAGCUGUCCUUUUUCAAGGGUAAAAUUAUCAUACAGCAUAAAUCUUUAAUGACUUUAAAAACAAGACGUUGGUUCACAAGUUUGUAUUUAUUUGGGUUUUUCUCAGAUUCACACAAGGUCAAAAUUAUGCAUACAGGAUCAAAUAUAUAAACCUCCUUACCAAGUAUCACCUUGACCAUUUAAAUUGGUUGGUUUCCUGGUACAGAACUGACCUUUAUGUGUAGUCCAUUGUUUUCAAUAGGGUUGAGUUUGAGGCUUUGAAAAGAUCAUUCCAGAAGCUUUGAUGGAGUUUUGAAGAGAUUUUCUUUGGAAUCAUUGUCUUGCUGACAUACCCAGUGGAAUGUGGUGAGGGCGAUAGCUGAAGCAAAAACUCACGAGUGGGAGCAGUUUGGUGAGGGCACAGAAACAGACUUUCCGUCUGCAUUUUUGGGAAACCACCAGUUGGAGAAAGUGGUAUAGUGUGGGUGGGUUGUUGUUGACUUCAACAGGUUACGUGACAUAGUUGGGUGGUAAGAUACCUUCCUUAGUGGCCAAACUGCCAGGAAUCGAUGAAGUUUGCAGUGAGUUCCUAAAGGCCCUGGGUAUCGUAGGGUUGUCCUGGUUGACUUGCCUCUUCAAUGUUGCAUCGAGAUCUGGGGUGGACUGACAGACCCUGGUGGCGGCCCCCAUGUUGGCUGAAGGAGUCGGCUGAGAAGACGGGGCAUCCUUGCUUGGGCUGCUACCUCCACAACCUUAGAUAGCACUAGAUAAGCGGUGAUGAAAAUACACUUCACUGUGGAUAGUGACACUAAUAUUCCAGCUGUUUCCAGUUCAUGGCAGGUUUGUGUUUGGUGGCUCCUGAGUUCUUCAUGAACAUUCUAACCAAUUUCAUUUCCUCUGAGGGUGACAACUUGGGUCUUUGGUGGUUACACAUCGAAAUGAUUUGAAUUUACCUUUUUUUUUUUUUUGAAGCAAUAAUCUUGAAACCUGCAGUUAUUUAGAAAUGACUCCAAAGAUCUUUCCAACUUGUGUAAAUCUACAUUUCUCCUCCUUAGAUUUUCACUACGUUUAUUGGUUUUCCAUUUGUCUCAGUAUUUUAUUGCCCAAUGAGUACAAAUCCUUUUUGUGCUAUCAAAGAGAAACUAUCUGUUGUAGGCAAUUAUGAUGACCAACAAGAAUUUAAUUGGCCUUUGACUUGCCAAUUAAAAAAAGCAUUGUAGAACCUUCAGCACCACUUUUGCAGUUUGUAUGGUACCUGCAUGCGUGUAUGCAUGCCAGACAAUGGGGAGGCAUGCUCCUAAUGAGACAGCAGAUGGUGUCCUCCUGCAACUUGGUAGCACUGAAAGGACUGACACAUAUUGUCCAAAAGGUUUUAUAAUGGACGUACAUCAAGCAAGCAUGGGGGCUAGUCACUGGUAUCAAUUCCUCCAUCCUCCACAAACUGCCUGCAUACUCCACCAAAAUGCAACAGUGCAGGGUUGGACAAUUGAUCCCAUGAUUUCACCUUAAUACCCAAUGGCAGUCAUGGUACUGUUGCCUAGCCUGCAGAGGUCUGCGCAUCCCUCCACGGAAAUGACUCCUUAAGACAGUCAGUGACACCCCCCCCCAAAUUGGUGAUGUUAAACAGUGUUACAAGCAGCAGCAUAAUGUUCACAUCUACUCAGGGUGAACCUGCUCUCAUCUGUUGGAGUUGGUCUACCUGUACAAACUCUGUAGGGUUCAAAUAUCACCUCAUGCGACCAGUAAUGACACUAACCCCAGCCAAAUGCAAAACUAGUGAAAAAACAGUCAAAAGUUGAAAAGGGGAAAAAAGAUCUGACCUCCACCUGUAAAACCAUUCCUGUUUUGAGGUUUCAAUGUUGUCUUUCUAGUGCACCUGAAACUGAUUAACAACUCCCUCUGCUACUUGAGUAACUGGAUCAAUAUGCCAUAAGUGUAAAUGAUGUGAUGCUAUAUUCUCAAGUGUUCCUUUAUUUAUUUUUUUUAGCAUUGCAUUUCACCCUAUAUUGGAGGUUGGUUUUCAGGCUUUUUUGCAGCUGUCGCUGUAACAUAGGCCUUCCCAUAACUUUCAAAAUCUGAUGUUCACAAUCCCAAACAAUUCCAGGGUACGCUGCUGAAAAAUGUGAGCACUUUGUUUCAAGCUUACUGAAGUAGCUGAGCUGUAGCUCAGGAGGUAGAGCAGGUCACCUGCUGAUCGGACGGUUAGUGGUUCGAUCCUGGCUCCUCCAGUCCGUCGGAGUCUGAAUGUGUCUGAAUGUGGUUAGGAAGCAGUAUAAGUAUAGAAGAAGGUGAUUGUAGCAUGUUGUAUAAAGUGCUUUGAGUUCUCUGGGAGAGUAGAAAAGCACUCUAUAAGAAUCAGUCCAUUUACCAUUACAUAUGACAUGGGAUACCCAUCAAUUCUUUUAUUUUAUUGCAAUAGAAUUGUAUAUGGGUUAUUUGAUUGAGUUUAAGCAACUUUCUGAAAGGUUACAUGAUUGUUUUUAGAAGAUGAAAUGUUGAAGAUUAUAGCAGCUGAAAAUGUAUUUGAUGUUUUUAUAUAGAAAACUGGUUCUUGUAGAGAACCUGCUCCAGUAGUCCAAUUCAUUAGAAUUGUUAGUCUGCCUGCCCAUCGAUCUCACUUACCGGUUCCAGUUGCACUUGCACUACACUCAGCUGAUUUCAGUUUGUGUGUCAGACAAGGAAAAUAGCAGCACAAUCUACAGCAUGGAUGUGGACAUUUAUUUUUAUUGCACAAAAGGACGAGAGUGUGAUGGUAAACUUUAAACUAUAUCAAGACAAAAACAACCACACUAUGCUGCUAACACAACUUCAGCCUGCACAAAAAGACCUGCACAGACAGCAUGCUAAUGCUAAGCUAGCCAAGAACCAAGAGUAAAAACUGAGUGAAUGCCGGCCCAGCACCAAGACCCUUAACAUCAACAGUAACAUACAAAUGAGCAUUCAGGUUGCAGUCUCCAUUUCUACCUGUUCAUGUUUGAAUCACUCUGGUCAUUACUUUAAAGUCUCUUCCUGCCGGUUUUCAUCUUUGCUUUGUAUUCAUACCUAAAUACUAAGAGAAAGAUCAUAUGUUUGUCCUCAUUAGAACAUGUAUUUGUGUUGCUGUGUUGAGUUGUAGUAGCAGGUUUAUCUUGUUAAAUGGUAAUUAUGAGAGAGUGUGUUUCAGCUAUUUUACAGAGAAAGUAAUGUAAUGAGUGGUACAAUGAAUUACUCUCUCCUGGGAGUAAUUAAGUAACGUACAGCAUUUUUUUUUAAAGUGUGAAAAAUGUUCUGUGUAAUAUGUGUAAUAAUUACUUUUUGUAAAACUGAGCUGGGAAAGGCUCCAGCGAGAAUAAGCGGAAGAGAGUGGAUGGAUCCCAAAACUGAUCACAAAAACGAGCAGAAAUAUCUCCAACAUGCACAAACAUUUGCAACAUGCACACACUGUGUGGUCAAUAGUGCACAUGUGAGAUGUGAUAUAUUUUUAUAUGCUAGCGAUGGUGGUGACUGUCAAAGCAGAGCUGAUGAAAACAUAUUGAUAAGUUUUGAACUUAUUGAACUGAUAAGGAAUUGAAUCGAUAAGUGUUAUCGAUAAUGAAACAGGGAUCACUAAAUUCUCAGCAUUCCUAUCCCUAGUAAUCGUAGCAAAUGCAGUCAGUGUUGUAUCAGUACACAAGUAAACCAAAGUGCCAUUUAAAAAACAUUUUGCUUUUCUGUUUGCUUUUUUGUUUGUUAUUUUUUGUACAUAACACAUGAAGUUUUGAGUGUUUUGAAUACUAUGAUUUUCAGUAAUUUACCACUAAUUAUAGGAUAUUUUCUUUAUGGUGAUUAAAUACAGCAUGUAGGAAAAGGUGAUUACAUUGCAUUUAAUUUCAAAUUGUAAUGAUUCAUUUGUAAUUAUUCUACUUCAUAAAUACCAUCAGUUAUACACAUAUGCAUGCAUAGCAGUCGCUUUCAUUACUCUGUGGCCCCUGUUGUCAUUUACAUCUUUUCUGAGCUAGAUACAUGGCUAUUCUAGCUGUUAUACACAGUUUUAUUUUAAAAAGUAACUUGUUACCCACCCUGCUGCUUCAGGGUCCAUGUUCAAUGGGAUGUUUUCGCUUGCUUUUAGCAUGUGAUGUUUAGAUAUCUCAGCGCUAAAAUAUGAUUGAUUUUGAAUGUGUAACAGCUUUCUUAAACCCAACACUUUUUUGCAUCACUUUAUUGCAUUUGUACACAUAACCAUGAUUAUCAUUGUAAGAAAAUGUAAAUAGAGGGAAUUAUUAUUCCAACACUACAGGUUUGAUUGAAAACCCUGACUUUGAUUUGAAAGUCUGGGUCAGCUCAGCUGGUUCCUCAAUAACCUUGAUGGAAAAAGGCUGUAUAUGCCAAAACAAAUGUGAUUUCUUACUGGCCUCUCUGCUAUUUCAUGCUGUGGGGAAAUAAAUGGAACCCAUUAAAGGGAGUCAUACCAUUGGCCCAUCACAUGACACAUGACCAAAAUUAUUAUCCUGUAAAAUAAACCCAUUCUUCUUAUAUAAGUACACUAUUCAAUUCAAUUCAUUCCUAUAAAAACAGGUGUAAUUUCCUGGGUAGUAAUCAACAUUUGGAGAGGUUUGUGGUUUUACAGGUGGGUAAAGAGUGCAGCAGUUUGCAGGUUUCAUUCGGGGGCAGCGAACAACUUGAACAUCUUCGGCAUGCAUGCCAGGAUGGCUGAACUAUUUUCUGAUGCGAGUUGAAAUUGUGAUGUGACUAGGGUUGGUCUAACGGUUGUGCAUGAGACAUUUGCUUGGUAGGCGGUCCAAAAUAUCCAAUCUAACCAUUCAUUUUUUUCAGUGUAGCCUGUUUCAUUUCUAAUACCUUUUCAGUAUUUGUUAUAUUUAGGGUUGUUACUCCUGUGGUGUGUCUGUUAAUUUUUUCAGUCAUCCAGGUCAUCAUAGUCGAUGGAGCUCAGA